AUGCGGGGUGUGCAAAUUUUCUCGGGCAAUUCUCACCCCGGCCUCGCAGAUACUAUCUGCGAACGGCUGGGGACGUCGCCCGCUAAAGCAGACCUUGGCAAAUUCGCCAAUGGUGAGACCAGCGUGAACAUCAACACCUCGGUACGGAACCAGGAUGUCUACAUCAUCCAGAGUGGCAGCAGCAAGAUCAAUGACAGCGUCAUGGAGCUUCUGAUCAUGAUCUCGGCGUGCAAGGGAGGUUCGGCCAAGUCGAUUACUGCGGUCAUGCCGUACUUCCCCUACUCGCGCCAAUCCAAGAAGAAGAGCCAUCGCGGUGCUAUUACCGCCCGCAUGCUCGCCAACCUACUCUCUAUCGCCGGCGUCGAUCAUGUCAUCACCAUGGACCUGCAUGCAUCUCAGAUGCAAGGCUUCUUCGGCAAGCCCGUCGAUAACCUCUUCGCCGAACCGUUUAUUGCCCGCUGGAUCCGGAUGAACGUGGCUGGCUGGAAGGACGGCGUGGUGGUCAGCAAGAAUGCCGGCGGCACCAAGCGAGUCACCUCGCUGGCUGAUGCCUUGAAGUUGAACUUCGGGAUUGUGACUACUGAUCGUCGGCGACCAAAGGUUCCAAUGACCAUGUCGGACAGCACUGUCUUCUUCGAUGCCAUGGAAGAGGAAGGCCGAGUUUCCAAGGACCAGCAGCUUUUUGCAGCUCACAUGCAGCGGUCCAAUGCCACACCGCCUAUUCAGGAGGAACCUGAAGUUCCUAGCCCCACAGAAUCUCUACUGCGCCCUGAGACUCCCCCGGCUGCUCGUCGGCCGUCGGAAUUGGAGGCUGCUUACGAGUACACCGACGUACGGGUGCGGGAUGUGGUGACCGGCCGUUUGGUGCAGGGUCAGCUGGUCGAUGAUGAUUACCACGCUGACUCCGGCUCCCAGUCUGGUGGUACCACCCCCGGCGCUGGUAGUGGUGGUGGUGACGACAAUGUUGAAAACACAGAAGUCGUCCCAGAUUCAAUGAUGAACUCCAUGGUUUCCAAUGUCUCAUCAUUGCCCCCUGAUCAUGCUCUGGGUGGCUCUUUCGACGCCGUCGAGUCUGAUGAUGACGAAGUCAGCGUAGCUGGCCUCGAACACGAAAAGACCAUCACCCUCGUGGGUGAGGUGCGCGAUCGACCAGUUUUUAUUGUUGACGACAUGAUUGACAAGAGCGGCUCAUGGAUCGCUGCCGCCGAGACAGUUGUGAAGCGCGGUGGAGCCCGAAAGGUCUACUGCAUCGCCACUCACGCGCUGUUUGGGGCUGAGUCUCUGGAUCAGCUGGAGGAAUGUCCAUCCAUUGAUCACAUUGUUGUGACAAACACAUUCCCGAUCCCGCCGUCGAUGCUCCGGUCCAAGAAGUUGAUCGUCAUUGACGUUUCGAGUCUCCUUGCUGAGAGCAUCCGGCGGCAUCACUACGGUGAAAGCGUCUCGGCACUCUUCCACCUUAACGAUUGA